CAAUUGUCUGUCAAAAAUUACCGAAAAAUUUAGAUUUUUUGCUCCCUUAAUUUCUUUGAGUAGUGUAUUAUCUGCCUACAUUGGUAGGUAAAGCCAAGCCAAAAUUUUUAUUCUUUGCGACCACAACCAGAAAAAUUUUCGUGGACCCCACUUACAACUCGUAAACUCUCAUAGUUUUUUCACGCCAACGUAGACCCCCGUCGAGUUUCCCGUGCAGAAAUUUUCAACUAUUCAAUUCGGAUAACGGAAUUCUGCGCAGAAAUGCUGUUUAUGGCGUAGUCGGAAGAGCAUUGUAAGGUUUAAGAAAAUAAGUUUUAUAAAAAAUUCACUUCAAAAAAUUGUUGUGUUCAUGCGCCAUAUGGAAGAAGAUGCGCAACGCCCUCGGAAAAAAGAAUCUCAAAAAUCAACGGAACGACAAGAAUUCAUUGGAACGUCUAAAACUGAAGUAUCAGCAGACAAAAUGAGCGAAUUCUACAAGACUUUUUUAGACAAAAAUAGAAAAACUCAUUUGCAGUAUAACUACAUAUGGUAUAAGAAAAAUUUUGAAAUGCUUAAACUAUCUUUUAGAGUUUAUCUUGAACGACUUUUGAGAAAACGUAAAUCUACACUGACACAUUGCAACUUCUCGGCUGCCAUAUUAAAUAUCUACACUACUUUUAACAAAAAAUCAAACAAAAAAAAAGACUUUUUAAUAUAAAAAUGAAAAUGAAAUGAAAAACAUUGGGCGCAUGCAAUACAAUUUAUCAUAUAAUAAAUAAUAUAUAAUUCAUUAACAAUUCCUUUAAUUGACAAUAAGUCUGAGUUUGCUAACACAGGUGUUUUUAGCAUGAGGACCUCGUAAACAGUACCAGCGCAUACCAGUGGUUGCAUUUAUAUGGGGAGAGCGGCCAAAAAUACUUUUAAUGGACAUAUCGGAAUAAAAUUUUUACCCUAAGGUCUGUUAAGAAUAAAAACUGUAAUAUGUAAAAGUGGGCGGGGUUGGACACGCCCACAUACAGUCAUGUGAAAUAUAAUAGGGAGACGACAUUGUGACCAGUUUCGGCUAUUUUUUUUGUUUGUUUAAUGUUUAUUUUUUUUAUAAAAAUACAACUCACUAUCUAACAAAA